GGUGGGGAAAUUAAUCAAACUAAUGUUGCCACACUUGACUAUUAAUACUGAGCAUUACACGGUUCGAUUACAAGUCCAGUUGAUAUUUUUUGGUCUUAUUAAUUUGGCUUUAGUAGAAUGAAAUGAAUUUGAUGUCCUGUAAUAUAAUUGUCUGUAUCUGAAAGUACCUUUGACAAGUGUUUGCUGGCAAAUUGGCAAUGACGAUUCAUCAGCAGUCUGAUUCAAAUGGGAAAAAUGCUAGUGAUGCAUCAGUGGACUCAACUACGGAGAGCCAAAUAAGUUUCAAAGGGCAUGGUAUGCUGGCACCUUUCACUGCUGGGUGGCAAACUACCCAAACAAAUCCUUUGGUGAUGGAUAAAUCUGAGGGUUGCUAUGUGUACGAUGUUGAUGGCAACAAGUAUCUUGACACUCUUGCUGGCCUGUGGUGCAACGCCUUAGGAGGAAAUGAAGCUCGACUUGUUGCUGCAGCUACAGCACAGCUUAAUAAAUUGCCAUUUUACCAUUCUUUCUGGAACAAAACUACCAAAGUCUCUUUAGAUCUUGCUGAGGACCUUUUACAAACUUUUACAGCACGAAAUAUGGCUAAAGUUUUCUUUGUAAACAGUGGAUCAGAAGCUAAUGACACCCAGGUGAAGCUAGUUUGGUACUACAACAAUUCCCUUGGAAGACCACAGAAGAAAAAGAUUAUUGCUAGAAUGAAUUCAUAUCAUGGUUCCACCAUCGUAGCUGCUAGCUUAUCAGGGCUUCCUCCCAUGCAUCAGCAAUUCGAUUUACCAGCUGCUUUUGUUUUGCACACUGACUGUCCUCAUUAUUGGCGUUAUCAUCUUCCAGAUGAAACGGAAGAGGAGUUUGCGACCAGGUUGGCAAAUAACCUAGAAAAUCUUAUCCUGAAAGAGGGACCAGAGACGAUAGCUGCUUUUAUUGCUGAGCCUGUCAUAGGAGCAGGAGGUGUAAUAACCCCCCCAGAAACAUACUUUGACAAGGUGCAAGUUGUAUUGAAGAAAUAUGACAUCCUCUUAAUUGCAGAUGAGGUUAUCUGUGCAUUUGGAAGACUUGGAGAAAUGUAUGGUUCUGAUAAAUACAACCUUAAACCGGACCUUGUAUCAGUGGCCAAGGCUCUAUCUUCAGCCUACAUGCCCAUUGGAGCUGUUCUUGUUAGCCCUGAAAUCUCACAAGUUAUCUAUUCUGAAAGCAACAAACUCGGUUCCUUUAAUCAUGGAUUUACGUAUUCUGGGCACCCGGUUUCAUGUGCUGUCGCACUUGAAUCACUAAAGUUGUACAAGGAAAGAAAUAUAGUUGAGCAAGUAAGAAACCUUGCACCAAAAUUUCAAGAUGGAAUGAGAACUUUUGCUGACAGUCCUAUCAUCGGGGAGAUUAGAGGAACUGGCUUAAUUCUUGGAAUUGAAUUCACUGACAACAAGUCACCAAAUGAUCCAUUUCCUUCUGAAUGGGGAAUAGGUGCAUAUUUCGCAACAAAUUGUCAAAAGGACGGAAUGAUAGUUCGUGAGGCCGCUGAUAAUGUUAUGCUAUGCCCUCCUCUAGUUAUUUCUGAGGAAGAAAUUAAUGAGUUAAUUAGCAAAUUUGGGAAAGCACUAAAGAAAACUGAGGAGAGAGUCAAGGAACUCAAGGCCCAGAAGCAGUAAAAAUCCUUGCGCUGGUUGAUAUUGCUGAAAAUGUGAAGAACAAUAUAUCUCAGUUAAUAAUUGUUUUUUUUUUCUAGAUGGUGAAAUAAUUAGUUUGCUCUUAAACUUUCCGAUAUCAUUAUCUCUUCUCUAUUGUAUAAGCAAACUCUUGAACAUUUUAGUAUCUACGUACAACCUUUUUUUUUUUUUUUGAUUGAAAUGGAUAUUCUUACUGGAUAUUUAAUUAAAAUGUUAAAAUACAUUUGUAGAGUGUUGCAACAUGAGUUGCAUAUAAAAUCUGUUUUCCAUUUUUUACAUGACUAGUAUUUUUAUA